AUGGCGACGAAUGGGACAAACGACUCGCUCGGCCUCACCAACUCCACUGCCUUUGACUGGGAGCCGUUCUACUACGCCGACCCGCCGUACCGAGAACUGCAGAUGGUUUGGCUGACGGCCUGUACCGUUCUGGGGGUCUGUGGGAACAUGGCGCUUCUCAUCACGGUGUCGUGCGUACAGGAGCUGAGAACGCCCGGGAACGCCCUGCUCUGCGCUCUGGCCGCCGCCGACGUCUUGCAACUCCUCGCCAAAGUCCCCCCGAGUAUGAUCUUCUUGUUUAACGGGAAAGCGCUGCCGUGUGACGGCGUCUUCGUCAUCUUGGAUACCGUGUAUUUCACCAUGGCACAGUUUUCUGUCAACAUCAUCGCGCCGAUUUCCAUCGACAGAUACUGGUACAUCUGCCAUCCCCUGAAGUACAGCGAAACUAUGACGUUACCGCGAAUCGCUCUCCUGAUUGGUCUGUCGUUCCUCUUUGCCAUUGUAACGAUGGUUCAUCCUCUACUAGAGGGACUGAACAACUACUUCAACCCGCCCUACAUGGUCUGCAAAUACCUAGGCCCAGCACGGAAGAGUAGACAGGCUAUGGUCAACGUGUUUCUCCUUCUGCCUAUGAUCACCAUGAUGUUUUGCUAUUACAGAAUUUGGCGCGAACUAAAACGACGUCAGAACCGGCACAACAACAAGAUCUGCCCCGAGACGCGCUCGGAGAUGGAGUACAGUGAGACGGUCGUCCCGACCCGGCCCAGACGCGCUCCCGCCACGGACACCCGCCGGAUAUCCUUCCUCUCGGACGGCGAUGACACCGACGAUGCCCCUGCCUUCUCCCCGGACGAUGACACCCCCAGCUCUGCCUCCCAAGCUGACGCCGUCACGACAAAAAUUUGCUUGGCUGAAGGACGCGAUAAACAGGACCAGAGUUUCCCGGAAUCUUCCGGGCAGUUCAAGCCGCCCCGGACCAGCUGGCCCUGGGAUGGAGUUCAGAUCUCCCCGGAGUUCAGAGCUCGGAUGAGGUCGGCCACCUUGGUCCUGCUGAUCGUGGUGGCCUACGUGGUCUCAUGGGCUCCGUACUUCGGCGUCCUCAUUCGCAGCAACGCGCUCGGGGACGAGGCCUCCGCCGUUACCGACGGAAGGUGGACGCGGUUCGCCGUGCUGUUUUCCCUGCUGUCCACCUUCUCCAACCCGAUCAUCUACGCCUACAGAAACCCGCAGCUUCGCGAAGGCUUCUUUGGGCUGGUCCGGAGAGGAUCACUGUAGAUGUUGUUGACAGCGGUUUGAUUGUAGAUGCGUUUGAAUUGUGAUGAACAGUGUACGGUGUAUCUUCAGCAUUAUCUAUUGAUAUCUUAUGUUAUAAUAAUAUAAAGUCAAUUGAGUGAAACCAAAAACUAUACUUCAUUCUUUAUUCCUUGAACAUCGUUUACAUCGUUGACUUGGUCAAGUGUGUUUGUAUUGAACAUAUUCAUUCUUAAUUUGAAAAGGAAGAUGCUUCGAUGUCGCUUAUAGUGUGCUAUAUGCACCAGUGUACUGUACACAGGUGUUAUAUACACAAUAAAUUGACCUAUUUGCGACGACUUCUUAGGGCUGGAGGCGACCACUGCAUACUUACAGUCAAUAGUCUGUUUGUAGACAUGUUGAAAUUGCUUUAAAAUGGUAUUGUCGAUAGUGUGCUAGUAUAUCAGCCGUUCAGAGUGUCAUCGUCUUGUUGAUGUAAUCUUGCUAACAGUGCUAACAGGUGAGUGAGUGUAACGACUGUGUAUCUACCAUUCCUUCCUGCAGUUAUUGAUAUUCUCAUUGGGUUUGCUGUCCCUCCUCUAGAAUUUCUUCAUUUUUGACAUUGUGCAGCAUACCAGUAAACAACAGACUAUUAGUAAUGGAAACUGCCUGUUAUUUAGCGGCUAAAGUUUCACUUACUCUAGAAUUAUUUCAUUUUUGACACAGUACAGCAUACAUAAUAAACUACAGACGAUUAAUUAUAAAGGAUAUAGUCUGUACUUAGCGGCAACAUUAGGCCAAAUCGUCCACUAACUGUUUCAAAACGUAUUUUACUCUGUAUCCGAUGUAGCAUCGACUUUGUAUAUACCAGAAAUAAGACAUAAUCUAAAAUGACAGAGAAACUGUUCCAACUGUUCGCCCUACAGCAACCUGUAUAGUUCGAUAUAUGUAUUGUGUGUUGCUAUUAUGCAUUGGUAAGAUCUAAUCAAACGUAAAUUGCCUGGAAGGAUAAUUUGUCUAAAUGAUUUGCACAUGUUAGUUAACC